GGCCGUUUCCCGAGACGCCGAGACGCGAGGAGAGAGGCGAGGCGAGUGAAGCAGAGGGAUUCCAGUUGUGAAUUGUAUUGUGAUGGCCUCCUCGUCGUCGCCAGCGAUGCAGGCGCGCGGCGGCAACCCCCUGGAGGAGUGGAGCGGACGCGUUAAGGCACUGGAGGCGGGGUUCCGGGCGUGGAUGGCAAAGCAGCCCAUCUACAUCGAGGCGGCGGUGACCACGGCGGUGGGGGCGGUGCAGGGCGGGGCGCUCGGAGGACUCAUGGGCUCGCUUACAGCCGAUGCGGGAUCGCCGUUUCCCGUCCCGCCGCCGCCGGCCAACGCCAACCCGCAGGCCAUGGCAUCUUUCAAGCAGGCGCAGGCUUUAGCUGGUGGACCAUUAGUGCAAGCCCGGAAUUUUGCAGUUAUGACUGGUGCAAACGCAGGCAUAUCAUGUGUUAUGAGAAGGAUUCGUGGAGCAGAAGACAUCCAGGGCAGCAUGGCCGCUGCUUUUGGUUCUGGCGCGCUGUUCUCCCUAGUGAGCGGAAUGGGAACUCCUAAUCCAGUUGCAAGUGCCAUUACAUCUGGUGUUGCUUUUGCUAUAUUUCAAGGUGGCUUUUUCAUGAUUGGGCAGAAGUUCACAAAGUCGCAGAGUGUCAGUGAAGAUACUUAUUAUUCCAGUACAAGGAGCAUGUUGCAAAAACUAGGCCUCCAGAAAUAUGAGAAGAAUUUCAAGAAAGGUCUCCUUACUGAUCAUACCUUGCCCCUCCUUACUGACAGUGCUCUGAGAGAUGUGAAGAUCCCCCCUGGCCCCAGACUUCUCAUACUUGAUCAAAUAAAAAGGGAUCCUGGGCUGGCAAAAGCACGGUGAACAAUUGGCGCUAUCUGCUAGUGGUUAUUGUUGUAGUUGGAUAGACUGUAUUAUCCGAAUCUUUGCUCUUCUCUGUGUUGAUGAUAAGCUUUCUAGUCAUGGCUACUUAAGAAAAAAAAAGGUAUGUUUGUAGUUAUUAUUGGACAGCAAUCAGUUUGCAUUUCCUUGAAAUUUUCAAUGAUAAUUAGUUGCAGGCUUGUGAUGAGGUUCUUUGAAUCAUUCUGAUCUAUGUUUUGAAGAGCAAUAAGUUUAUUUUGUUGGAUUGUUU